AUGAAAUUCCUUAUUGCUUUCGCCCUAUUUGCCGUGGCUUCGGCCGGCGUAAUUCCUCCUUCUGUCGGACCUGCAAUCGUCGACAACGAAGAGCCCAUUUCCAUCGGACCCGCACUCGUCGACAACGAGGAACCCAUUUCCAUCGGACCCGCUCUCGUAGACAAUGAAGAACCUAUUUCCAUCGGACCCGCACUCGUCGACAACGAGGAACCCAUUUCCAUUGGACCCGCUAUCGUUGACGAAUACGAACCCAUUUCUAUUGGGCCCGCUCUCAUUGAUUUCCCCCUACCCCCCACUCCUGUUAAGCCCACCCCCGUCGGUCCCCCUGCUAAGGCUCCCCUAGUUCAAAUCAUCCUCAACAUCCAGUCCUCUUCUGAUGUAGCUGUUGAGAGCAACCCCACCCCUGAGCCCGUUAUUAUUGACAGGCCAAUCGUUCCCAACCCCGAGGUUGUCGAAGAGAAGCCUAUUAUCCCUACGCCCGUGAUCGUGGUCGACAAGCCUGAGGCUCCUGAAUCAGUUAUCGUAGUGGACAAGCCCGUCGUUCCUGAGCCCAUCGUUCCUGAGCCCGUCAUUGUAGUAGAACAGCCAACUGUUCCGGAACCCGUCAUCGUCGCUCCUAUCAUUCCCGCCCCUGCUAUUGUCCUUCCUGACAUCCUUAAC